AACUCUAGUGUGGCGACUUUCUUUGAGUUGAAACAACUUGUCUUUUUAUCAAUUAAUUGUAACUCGUUUUACAUCACCUGUAAGCUCCUUGUUCAUGAUACUACCCAAGACAAAACGAAAGAUCGCCUGAGUUACAACAGAAGAACAAAAAUGCGCAGUGCCGACAAUCCAGAGAGGGUGCGCAGGCACUUCAACGACCUUGCGCGAUAUCUUCCAAUCCAUCAAGCCAUCGCACGCGGAAACCUCCCACAGUUGAUCUCACUCGUGAGUAAAUCCGCCUACGACAUCAAUGAAUGCGAUGAAACAUGUGGCACGCCCAUUCACGUAUGUAUCAGGAUGAACAAUCUUCCCGCCUUCCUCCACCUCGCGCUCCACGGUGCCGACGUCAAUGCUCUAGACAAAGGGGCAACGCGACAUCUGAGUGACUCUCCAAUUCGACUAGCAGUGCGAUUGGGCCGACGAGGAUUUGUCAGGGCACUAUGGGAUAUGGGUGUCGACAGGGAACGAAGAGAGCCCGAUGACGAGAUGACUCUUCUUCAAGUUGCUGCGGAUGAAAACCGUGUAGAUGUACUCCGAGACUUGCUCGACUGGAGUGAGGAUGAAUGGGUCUUAGUGGAUAAACCUCGUCAUCAAGAAAAUGAUGCUGGAAGCCGCACAGCGAAUCCUGAAACACCAGGUUCAGGGUUGCAGCACGGAAACAUCGUCGAACCCAAUAAGGAUAGGGAAGAGGCGUUGAUGUUGGCGGCAGGGGCAUGGUAUCCAGAUAUCGUGUCUGUGCUCCUCCAACGAUGCGAAUACACCCAAAUGCAAUUGAGACGUGCAAUCUUCCUCGUAGCGUGCAGCAAACCGGAGUUUGAGGGCUACGGGAGCACCUGGGAUGGAUCACGGAUAUCGGAUGGAUCUUUGCGUGGGGCCAGUUUAGUGGAGAUACUUUUAGAUACAGAUAUGGGUGUAAAAGAUGGUAUUUGCGCUCUUGGUGAGCGCAUUGAAGUAGUGCACGAACUGUGCCGGUCAACUUUGUGUGGAAUGAUGGGGCCUAUACCUCACAAAAACGGCAUCUUGAAACUGCUACUGAGCAGAGGAGCGGAUCCAAAUUGGCAAGGCCCGGACGGCAGGACGUCGAUGCAUAACGCAAUCGCCGGUAAUAGAUCGCUAGGGAGGUACUUUGAGGAGGUUGCUGUUUUACUGCUUGAGAACGGUGCUAGAAUGGAUAUUGCGGACAAUUCAGGAAACACAGCUUCCGAUCUUCUAGGCAAGCACAUCAACGAAGGGCUGGCAGAGAAACUUCUGCUGCGUAGCAGUCAAAUACAGAAGGAGCUUCCAAUUAGAUAA